GAAGGUUUGUUGUGGAGGAAGCCGUAAGUGGUAGAGUCCAAGUUGACGUCUUCCCCAGAUGUUGUUCUCAACACCUAUAAAAUGUGAUUAAUGCUCAUCUGAAAAAAAAAAAGGGAACUUGUCCCGAAAAAUGGGUGAAAGUUCAUGGGCAAUCACAGCGCUCGGACUUUGCCCACCAGCCCCAGGCCCAUCCUGCCCCGCUUGGCGGCGGCAGACAAAAACAUUUGGCUAAUGAGUUACGGAGCACAGCGGGUCCAUCCCCAGGGCGGCCCUGCCAUCACUCACCGUUGUCCCCAAUCAGGGACGGGAGAUUUUGCAAUCCGGGACGUUAUUUCUGUGCAGUUGGAAUUUAAACUUUGCCACUUGGGUCAGGACACCACGGAGGAAGAGGAGGAGGAGGAGGUGGCCAGGCUCGGUGUCUGCCCCGCUCCCCUGCGAAUCCAGAGGGUUGAGAAGACGGGACGGAUCUGUGGGAUUGGGAUCUGACACAGCCAUGGCCUCUGGCGUGGACAGCCUCGACCUGCUGGACCUUCUCUUCGACCGCCAGGAUGGGAUCCUCCGUGGCGUGGAGCUGGGGACGCUGCUGGGUGCCUGGCAUGAGGACGGGCGUACCCAGGAUGGCGAGGACUUCCUCAGAUCCAUCCUGGCCUCUGGGGACUCUGUGUCGGACUCACCCGGCUGGUCCCCAGCCACCAGUGACAGCGGGGUCUCUGAGGACCCCCCCUCUGACCAGCUCGACAGCCCCCCCAGGUGCUGUGACGGGGGUCCCAGCGAGGUCGUGUACCCCUACACCAACCCCUGUCGAGCUCUGCCCCCACCGGGGAGUGCUGGGGUCCUGCACCCCGAGGUCUCCAUCGACCUGGACAUGUGGCACCCAGGCUUCUUCCUGGAGGAGAGCCAGGACCUGCCCGUGGUCUGCCCGCCCGCAUCCUGCACCCUCACCGUCAAGGACCUGCUGCUCUCGGGGAGCUCUGAUGCCCAGCCGCAGGUGCCCAGCUCCCUGCUGAGGCAGAGCCAGGGGCAGUUCCAGGAGCUGGUGCUGACAGAGGAUGAGAAGAAGCUGCUGGCGAAGGAGGGGGUGUCCCUGCCCACGCAGCUGCCCCUCACCAAGUAUGAGGAGAGGGUGCUGAAGAAGAUCCGUCGGAAGAUCAGGAACAAGCAGUCGGCUCAGGAGAGCCGCAAGAAGAAGAAGGAGUACAUCGACGGGCUGGAGAGCCGGAUGUCGGCGUGCACGGCCCAGAACCAGGAGCUGCAGAGGAAAGUCCUGCACCUGGAGAAGCAGAACUCGUCCCUCCUGGAGCAGCUGAAGAAGCUCCAGGCCCUCGUGGUGCAGUCAAGCAACAAGGCAGCGCAGACGGGAACCUGCAUUGCGAACAGGUCCCUGCACAACGCAGCCGCCUCCCGCGUGGCUUACACACAGCCCCAAGCCAGGGACGAGAACCCCCCGGAGCCGCUGUGGCCGGAGCACCUGGGCGAAGCCCCCGAGACCCUGCACGAAGCCUUUGGCAGCCACACAUUCACCCCACGCCCGGACAAAGCCUCCCCCCAUAAUGGCACGCAGCCGCUUGCCUCGGAGGGGCUGAGCCACGGGGACGGGGAUCGAGCUGACACCGUGCCUGGGGACAGCACCGCACCACACCACAGCCUGGCACCGCUGGCUUGGACCGAGGCUGGCCACAGGAGGCCCGUGGCGCUGGAGCCGGCUGAGGAGCUUUAAGCAGCACCCAGAGACCGUGGAGGAUGCGAUGGGGUGGCUCGGGGUGGCCCCUCUAGAUUCUGCCUCCAGGCGCGGGCAGAUGCUGGACCUGCAUGGCUU